GCCCCAGAGCACCCAGAAGCACGGCCAUGGAGCCUCUCUCCUUCCAGGAAUACAUCUGCUCCCUGGACCCAGCCACCUUGCCCCGCAUCCUCAGGAUUUGCUCUGGUGUCUACUUCCAAGGAUCUGUGUACGAGAUCUCGGGCAACGAAUGCUGCUUGUCAACGGGUGACCUGCUGAAAGUCAUGGCUGUGGUGCUGCAGAAGGUUGUUUGUGAGGACACAGAGACAGGGCAGACAACGGAGCUGCCACCGACAUUUAAGGGUCUUUUCCAGCCUGCCCCAGCCCGGGGCCCGUACCAGACACUGCGGGGACACGUCCCGGAGGGUGGCAGGCAGCAGGGCCUGACGUUGCACCAGGCACUGGGGCAGUGGGACGGGCGGCUACAGCCCCUGCUGUGCCCCGCCAUCGGCCCGCACGCCCUGCUCCUGCGCCCUGUCUACGAGGUGCACGCCGCCAUGCACCUGCGCCGGGACGUGGUGAAGAUCCCCUCCACGCUGGAGGUGGAUGUGGAGGACGUCACGGAGGAGGCGCAGCACAUCCACUUCGCCCGGCCGCUGCUGCUGAGCGAGGUGCUGGGGAUGGAGGACGUGCUGCCAGCCCAGGCCGAGAUCCUGGAGGGUCCAGGGAAUGGCCCCAGCACCCGGCUGCUCUGCCACCGCCACGGCGAGGAGGAAGAGGAAGGCAGGGAGCUGCUGCUGCCGCUGGACCUGGGGGGUGGCUUCGUGGAGGAGAUGUGUGACAGCAAGAAGUAUGGGCUGGCAGAGCUGCUGGAGCGGCAGGUGCUGCCCUGCGAGGUCCGGGUGGUGGCCUCCGACCCGGGGCUGGAGCGGGAUGCCCUGGGCGCCCUGCCCGCCCUGCGGCUGGAGGCCCGCCUGAACCAGCCCUUCCUGGUGGGCAGCUUCUGUCAGGAGCCAGAGGAGGGCUUUGAGAUCCCACCGCGCUGGCUGGACUUCUCCCUCCUGCUGAGCGAGGGGCCCAUCCGCCCCCCGGUCCCCUGCACCCGCUGGUCCCGGGUGGAGGAGCUGACUGAGGCCUUCUACUACCAGCUGCUGGCCCAGCUGCCCGGCAGCACGGCCCCGCCACCCCCACGGCCCCCCAAGCCAACGCAGGCAGGGACGGGCCCUGGGGGAAGGCGCCCGUCGGCCCCCGGCCCUUCGGCCCCUGGCCCCCUGCCAGUGAGCAUCCGCCCAGCUCCUCCACUGCCGCCGCUCCCUGCGUCGCCCCGACUGAGCACCCCCCGCCAGCAUGGCCGGCGGGGACCUCCCAGGGAUGCAGGCACGGACAGCAACAGCACGGAACAUGAUUACGAAACUGUUGAUGACAACAUUCAAAAGACAAUUUGCAAAAUGAAGGCAAUUUUUCCUUUCUAGUCCUUUAGUUCCUGGAAGACACCCAGCCUCCAAAUACUCUGAGACCUUACAUGACAUUGGUUGCUUGCAGAGGCUAAAUACAGCCCUAGGGAUCCACAGCGCAACCUCCAACUAACUGCCUCGAUCCUGCAGAAAGGUUCCCGCUUUCCUUAAAGGCAAGCAGCGUGUAUGCCAUCAGGGCAGCCCCGGGCACAGAAUAAACCCCCGAGUUGUGUUGUGGGCUGCAUCCUCAGCUGUCACCUGUGGGACUCUCUGACAGCACCAGACCAGCAUACAGCUGGGUGGCCACCAAGAUGCCACAGAGAUGCCAGCCCAGGCCCCGGGACACAGAGCUCACUGAGCUCCACUGUGUUGCCAUGGUGUCUGGGCUGGGAUUAUGGAUGCUUCCAGAUGGAGAUGCUUUGAGGCCAAGCAUGUCCAGACACUGUUGGCACAUGGUGUGGGAUGGGGUUAGGAGGAGACAUGACAACAUACUUCACAGAGUGCAAGCUAUGCCCCAGCUGGGGCUCAAACCAUGGAGUGACAUGUUGUUACAACUGCAUGUCAGAAACGCGCUUUCAUGAGGCAGAAGCUGCAUUUUUCUCAAGUACGGCCAAACAUGCAUCUCACUCUAGCCUAAUUUCUUACCAAGGUUGUAGAAACAUUGUAAAAACGUUGUGGCUUUAGGUUUUGCUGGUUUGCUCAUCCAUUUUUGCUCAUCCACUUGCAUCUGGAAGCAAUGUCUGUCCUAGACCUUCACUGUCCCCUCCUGCUUGCGAGCAUGCUCAUUGCAGUCUUGCAGAUUCUUGACACCUACAAAGGCCCCUGCUGCACUCAUGGCAUUGGAUGCAAAAAAAUGACCUGAAAACCAAAUAAGGACCAAAGUUCAUCUCUUCUUUUCCUGGAAGUUUGGCAAAGCCCCAGGAAAGCGGCAGAGGCAAAGACUUCAUAGUCCUGAUGUGCGUUAAGGGAAGAGAGCUGACAAGGGGAGAGCUUUACACCGAAAGCGAGCAGGCAUUUCAAUCCUGCAUCACACACUGCACUCCUCUUUCAAAUCAGAGCUGGAAAAUAAAUUUUAAAUUUCAUUUAAGAUCAAACCCGUUUUUUUUCCCCCCCCUCUCCCAGUGAAGAGUAGCUUUGGGUUCAGUUUUUCAGUUCAUGUUAUUCCUCACUCAGUGCCUAGGGCAGAGUCCCAAAGCUGCAGAGAGGGUCUCAUU